CUCACUGAGACAGAGAAAGACUGAAAGAGACAAAGACUCAGAAAGACAAAGAGAGACAGUGUGAGCCGCAGCCAUGGUGAAGAUCACCUUCCAGCCCGUGUCCAAAGAGCGCGAGGAGGACAAGUUCAGCAUCCCGCAGCCUCACGAGCAGCUGGUUCCCAUCAUCCGGCCGAAGAAGCCGUUUCCCGCCGGCCUGUGCUGCCUGGCCUUCGGCCUGGUGGUCUUCAUGUCCGGCCUGGUGCUGGCCUCCGUCUUCAUCUACCGCCACUACUUCGUAGCUCAGCAGAUCCCAGAGGACAGCUUUUUCCACUGCCGGAUCUUUUACGACGACUCGGUGUACGCCCCCCUGCGGGGGCGGCAGGAGCUCGAGGAGAACGUCGGCAUCUACCUCGACGACAACUACGAGCAGAUCAGCGUCCCCGUGCCGCAUUUCGGAGGCAGCGACCCGGCCGACAUCAUCCACGACUUCCAGCGGGGCCUGACGGCGUAUUUCGACAUUGCUCUGGACAAAUGCUACAUCACUGAGCUGAACACCACGCUAGUGAUGCCUCCGCGGAGCCUCUGGGAGCUGCUCAUCAACGUGAAGCGAGGGACGUACCUCCCCCAGACCUACAUCGUCCAGGAGGAGAUGGUGGUGACGGGCCGGCUCCGGAACAUGAGGCAGCUCGGACCCUUCAUCCACCGGCUCUGCUACGGCAAAGAGACCUACCGCCUCAUGAGACGCCGCAACCAGCGCCACCGCAUCGAGCGGCGCGACGCCAGGAAGUGCCACAGGAUCCGCCACUUCGAGAACACCUUCGUGGUCGAGACGGUCAUCUGCGACCGCGUCUGAACGGCGUGGAGCGCCGCCGCCAGCGAAGCCAAACCAGACCUCUCCACUCCGUCCACGGGCGUUUGAACUGCACUUUAACAGCCGGGCGCUGUCCACACUCCGGUCCCACCCGUCCCGUCCGGCGAGGAGACUCCCCCAAGCUGCUCGCACGCCGCGUCCGCGUCCGUCUCCCGGCCCGAUUCCUGUGGGAAAAGCCUGAAGACGGGCUGAGCAUACCUCAUGUGGUUCAGAUGUGGCGUCCCGUCUGCGUGUUGUACAUACCUGACCGUUCCGAAGCAAUACUCCGUGUGCGUCCCGGAUUGGUGGCCGAGCUCGUUCUGUGCCGUGGACUCGUGGUGGUGCUGGUCCAGCCUUCCCGUUGACCGAAAGGCUUCAGACUGUCAGGAGUAGCAGAGCUGCAGAGACACACAGGGAACCAAAGUCUGCAGACUCGCUUCCUUGUACAUUGAGAGCAGUUU